UGGUCUGAGUGACAGCCAUGCUGACCCCACCGCAGGAAGGGAUGCCCAGCAUGAUAGACAAGGCGCUGAGGAUGAGGAGGGAGGAGCAGGCUCGGCAGAUCGUUCUCGCCUGGGCUGUGCUCAACGUCUCUUUAGCUGGCAUGAUUUACACGGAAAUGUCAGGGAAGCUGCUGAGCAGGUACUACAACAUCACCUACUGGCCAAUCUGGUACAUCGAACUGGUCCUCGCCUCUCUUUUCAGUCUCAAUGCUCUUUUUGACUUCUGGAAGUAUUUCAAAUACACAAUGUCUCCGUCCUCCAUUGCUGUUACCCCUCAGCAGCAUCACCUUCUGGGUCUGAGGAACACAAAUAUCCAGCCCUCUCCUCCACAAAAGCCAGAGAAGAAAGAGACUCCAGCUCCCACCCAGUCCUCUCCGCUCCAGGGCCAGAGUGUGCUGAGCUUCAGUCCCUCUCGCCCCGCCUCCAGCAGCCCCAAGUUCUCCCCGAGCUGUACACCGGGUUAUAGCCCCCCUCUGGGCAGCCCAUCCCCACCAAGCAGCGCAGGAGGACCUUUUACCCCCUCAGUGGCCUUUGGAAAGGUGCUGAACUACAGUCAGUCUUCAGGCUCGUCUCCCUAUCAGAACAGCAUUGGGUCAGCAGAAGGCUCUGGCUUGAGAGCUCGGUAUCGCACAUCUCCUUCGGUGUUUAACUCUCCAGGAAGCAAGGAAGACUACAUGGAGGAUCUGAAGAGUCUCGAGCGGUUCCUGCGUUCCGAGGAGGAAAAAAGUCACCGCAGUCAACUCGGCAGUCCAGAGUCCGUGUCUCCAAGCCACAGCCCUACUUUCUGGAACUACAAUCGUUCUGUGGGAGAUUACGCCCAGAGCUUGAGGAAGUUCCUCUACCAGCCGGCGUGCCGCUCUCAGGCGCCGUCGGCGCACAAGGACGAGACGGACCUGGGUUCUAAACACGCUGCAGAAGAGGUGUGGGCCAGAAUCACCACCAGCAGAGCCGUAGCGGAUCACGUGGACAGCUGGACAGCCAAGCUUAGAAAUUGGAUCAGUGACACCAUCUUGGUCCCUCUGGUCAAAGAAAUCGACUCUGUCAACAGCCAGCUGAGGAGGAUGGGCUGUCCGGAGCUCCAGAUAGGAGAGGCCAGCAUUAGCAGCCUGAGACAGGCAGCACUGAUGAAAGCUUCCUUAAUCCCCACGCUGACCUCUAUUGUCCAGUACCUGGACAUCACAUCCAACCAGGAAUAUCUAGUGGAUCGCAUAAGAGAGCUGUCUCACAGUGGCUGCAUGAGCUCCUUUCGCUGGAACGGUGGCGGUGAUCUGAAGAACAGGAAGUGGGACACGGAUCUCCCGACCGACUGCGCCAUCCUCAUGCAUAUGUUUUGCACAUAUUUGGACUCCAGGCUGCCCCCACAUCCAAAGUACCCAGAUGGGAAGACUUUUACUUCUCAGCACUUCAGCCACACUCCGGACAAACCUGAUGUUACCAAAGAGAACCUCUUUUGCAUCCACCAAAGCAGCACCACGCCCCCUCACUACCAGCUUAUAUACCAAGGACACAUCUAUAGUCUCCCUAAGGGAAGGAACAACCUAUUCCACACGAUCCUCAUGUUCCUCUAUGUCAUCAAGACCAAGGAGUCAGGGAUGCUGGGGAGGGUAAAUCUGGGCCUCUCUGGAGUGAACAUUCUCUGGAUAUUUGAGAAGUGAUGCAUCGUGUUUUAAAAGCAAAAAAAUGGCUGCAAAUGGUGUUUUAUUUUCUAUUUUAUUUUCCUUCCAGUUCUUAAGCUGCAAGGAUCAGCUUAAGAACUCUUCCAGGGUUCUUAAGCUCAACCCUAAACAGUUGUUUUGCUUUGAAAAGAGAAUUGCAUGAACAAUAAUGGACACUUCCACUUCUGUAAAGAUAGAUGCUGUAUUUUCGUUGACUAUUUCUGUUACAUCUUUUAGACCUGAUUGAUUAUUUUUUUUCUUCCUGAUUGUCAUUUAACAGCUUGGCAGCCUUGUAAAUUAUAUACCUCAAAUGUAUCUGAAUGAUGGCAAAAAAGGGCUCAAACCCACUUACCUGAAUGUAAAUAUUUUUAUUUCUUGUAAGCAACUUGCAAAAAGUGUCACUGGUUUGCUCAUUGUUCAGUAAAAACAAAAAUGCCUUGCAGUGUCAAGGAAUACUGCUGACAUCUACUGGAAUCAACCUGGAACCAUGAAUUUGGAGUAGAUGCAGCAGUGCGACAUCAGAAAACUUGAAAUGCACUGUAAAUCAUAUGUUUACUAUGAUAUUGAAAGGCUAUAAUGCUCCAGGUGGGUAUGGAAAAACAUAAGAUGUGCUUUAGAGAACUGAUAAGUGACCUUUUGACGUGAUUUUAAAUAAAAAAAAAAAAGUUAUCAAUUUGUUUCAACUUCCUUAUCAUUCACUGCUGUUCCAAGUCUUUUGCGCAAAAUUCUCAAAAGAUGUGUUGACUGUUGCUGUACUAAAAUGUUUUCUCUAUCCUGUUAUGUAUUUUAAUGCCAAACUAAUCCGCAUGGUGGCAGUGUAGCUCCGUUUUCCGGUUUGACCUUACCGCUGUACUCGUUUUGUAAUGAUGUGCUGCCACAGAUGCUCUGCGAUGCUGUGCCAUGUAGUAACUGACUUAAUCUGGUGGAAAAUACAGCCGAGCAAUUCA